AUGCAUACACUAAUACCUUGGAGAGCCGGCAGAUGUUUGGCGUGGGAUGUUACGGUUCCUGGCACCCUCGCCGAACGAUACGUAAACCUGACAAGUAAAGAAUGCGGUUUGGCCGCGGCCAGGGCAGCGGACGAGAAAAUGAAAAAAUAUGGGAACGCCCUCCCCUCGAUGGAAUUCUUGCCAAUAUGUAUGGAGGUUUUCGGCCCGAUGGACCCAAACAGCCUUAAAUUUCUUGAGGCAAUAUGUAAAAUGAUCAGCGUCAGAUCAGGCGACAGCAGGGACCCUUUUUCGCAACUAACCACAUUUCGUGCUUGUUGCAGCGGUUCCUGCGUGUCUGUGUGCUUAAAAAUAUCCAACUGA